UCCUUUCUGGGUUUUGGUGAACACUGGAUGGUAGACAUUUUCACUCUUCCCACGUUCUAAAGGACACACACUGUUACUAACCCUGAAGUAUCGGGAGCACUUGUAUGCUCACGUGGAGACCAGCUACAGUUCCUGGUUCAGAGCUGAGGAAUCAGCAUGAGUCACUUGCAGAACUUACUGUUAGAUACCCUGCUGGGGACGAAGCACGUGGACAGUGCAGCUCUCAUCAAACUCCAUGAAAGGAGCCUAUGUGUGACAUCUCCAGGAUUUAGUGUAAUGCCAAGUGAUGUUCGAACACUUGUGAAUGGAUUUGCCAAAAACCCACUGAUAACCAGAAGGGAAGGGUUGUAUUUCAAGGAAAAGGAUUACAAAUGUGUCCGGGCAGAUGACUAUUCUCUUUAUGCUAAAAAUGAGAACACCGGUGUGAUUGUUGUGAAGACCCAUCAGUAUCUCCUGGUGGCCACUUACACUGCAGGCAUGUAUCCUAGUGUCUGUGUGGAAGCCACAGAGAAGCUGGGAGAUUAUCUAAGAAAAAAAGGAAAUUAAGUCAUCAGACAACUAGUGAAGACAACUUAUUUUGAAAGAAAAAUACAGAUCCUUCAGAAAAAAUAUUUGUGGUUGAGAAACAG